AUGGGGAUGCUGACGUUUAGCCGCUUUCUCAGUCGUCCUUAUCCCAACCACCGGGACGGCCCUACCAUCUUCUCCUUCCAACAGAAACUCAUCAUGGAGGACACUGGUUAUUUCCAGAGUCGCCAGUCGGAGCCAUCGGUGGCUGCGUUGUCCCCGGAGUUGGAGGCGACCGCAAUGGACGACGACCCCCUUCUUGAUACGGAAGAUCUAGCAUCUGUGAGCACCAGGUCUAUCUCGCCACCUGCCUCGCCCAGACUGUCGCGCAAUGCCUCGUUUUCCAACAACAGCAGCUCGUACCAGGAGGACUGGGAGACCUUCCCUCCGCUUGACAAGCUUUCGAUCUUCGAUCUGUUGGAUACCUUCUCUCUGCCGCAUCGCCUGGAGAAAUGGCAGCAGGCUAUCAAUGCGCAGAAGGAAAGAGUGAACAAACAACGCGAGAGACUGAAGUCUACUUCGAUGAAUGCGAAAGACCAAGUGGUCAAAGAAUGGAAGAGGCGUGUUCCGACGGCAGAUGAACAGCUUGACAGGUACCGCCGUCGCAUGAGGGUUGGUGUGGAGCGAUUGGGGAAGCAGUGGAAUGCGGCGGCGACGGUGAGCCUGCGUGAGAAGAUCUCGUUUAUCGCGGGUGUCCUCAACAUCUUCAUUAGUGGCUACCUGGUUGGAGCGUAUCCGGAAUACUUUUACAUCUGGUUCAGUGUCCAGCUGAUUUACUUCAUGCCGAUUCGAUACUACCGGUAUCACAAGAAGGGAUACCACUAUUUCCUGGCAGAUCUCUGCUACUUCGUCAAUCUGAUGUGCAUGCUGAGUUUCUGGGUGUUCCCGCAGUCAAAGCGACUGUUCAUUAGCACGUUUUGCUUGGUCUUCGGGAACAACGCGGUUGCGAUUGCAAUGUGGCGGAACUCGCUGGUCUUCCAUAGCAUGGACAAAGUCGUCAGUCUCUUUAUCCAUAUCAUGCCGCCUGUUUCGUUGCACUGCCUCGUCCACUUGACUUCUGCGGAGAUGCUGAAGGAGAGGUUCCCGGCAAUCUAUGCCAUCAAAUAUAGCGAGCCUGGCUCACCAGAGCACUAUUCGCUUGGUGAUAUGGUUAUCUGGGCUACUGUCCCGUAUCUCAUCUGGCAGAUAGCCUAUCACUUGUUGAUCACAGUACGUCGUGCCGAGCAGAUUGCCGCAGGUCGACCAACCAGCUUUACUUGGCUUCGCAAGUCGUACGCGAAUGCUUGGAUUGGCAAGCUCGUUUUGAGCCUCCCUGAAUCUCUUCAAUCGGUUGCUUUCAUGUUGAUCCAGUACUCCUAUGCACUCGUGACAAUGCUCCCGUGUCCCCUUUGGUUCUGGUACCGAUGGGCCAGUGCUGGGUUCUUGAUGGCGGUGUUCGUCUGGAGUAUUCAUAAUGGCGCAACCUACUAUCUCGACGUUUUCGGAAAGCGGUUCCAGAAGGAACUCGAAGAACUGAAGAAAGACGUCGCACGCUGGCAAUCUUCUCCAGAAGCGCUCAACAGUCCACUCAUGACACCACUGGUGGCCCAGAAUGGCAAUGGACCGGCCACCCUCGCCCAGGUUGCGUCUGACAAGGCCAGCAUUGACCGCAUUCCUCCCUUGGAUGCUGUUGCUGCUUCGACUGGCGCGCAGGAAGUAAACGGUAACGACUCUAUGGUGCGCGAGAGGAAGUAA